GUACAUCUGGAAGGCCAGUCACGCUGCUGGGCUCAAACAGGUCUGGCUGGCCACGAGCUGUGCUACUGCUAUAAACAACCUCAGUGUCCCAAAUUGAAUAACCACAGAGCACCCCCAGGAGCUCUGGACACUCGUGCUCUUUAGCAGUAGGAGCAGCUUAAUGUCGACAGUAUGGGGCAUCAGGUGAUAAUAUUUGACUUUUCUGUCAUAAGAGGACUGUGGGAAACUCGAGUUAAGAAGAACAAAGAACGUCAGAGGAAGGAGAAAGAAAGAUUAGAAAAAAGUGCAUUGGAGAGGAUAAAACAGGAAUGGACUUUGAUACUAGAGUGCCGUAAGAAAGGUAUUCCUCAAUCAAAAUACCUCAAAAAUGGCUUUGUAGACACCAGUGAGAAGAACCUGGACACUUCUGGAAAGAAUCCUCAGCUCAAGAAAAUACGUGCUUUGUCGGAUGAAGUGAAUAAGGAAAGAAACAAGUUUAUUUUCCAGCUUUCUGGAGAGCAGUGGACGGAGCUUCCAGAUUCUCUGAAAGAACAGACCUAUCUGAAAGAAUGGCACGCGAACAAUACAUUGAUACAAACCAUUCCAGCCUACAUUGCAUUAUUUCAGGAUCUGAGAGUACUGGAAUUGUCAAAAAAUCAAAUCCACCAUCUCCCAGUGGAGAUUGGCUGCUUAAAAAACCUCAAAGUGCUCAAUGUGAGCUUCAAUAAUUUGAAGUCAGUCCCUCCAGAACUGGGUGAUUGUGAGAAUCUAGAAAAACUGGAUUUGUCUGGAAAUAUGGACAUAACAGAUCUCCCAUUUGAACUAAGUAACCUGAAACAAGUCACAGUCGUGGAUGUGUCAGCAAACAAGUUCCAUUCUAUUCCAAUUUGUGUGCUCCGGAUGUCUAAUUUGCAGUGCUUGGAUAUCAGCAGCAACAACCUGAAAGAUCUCCCAGAAGACAUAGACAGGUUAGAUCAAUUGGAGACACUUCUCUUGCAGAAAAACAAGCUGACUUAUCUUCCACGAGCUCUUGUCAAUAUGCCAAAGCUCAGCUUGCUGGUUGUCAGUGGUGACGACCUGGUUGAGGUACCCACAGCCAUCUGUGAGUCUACCACAGGCCUAAAAUUCGUAAGUCUCAAGAACAGUCCUGUUGAAACUAUUGUAUGUGAAGACACCGAGGAAAUCAUAGAAACCGAACGCGAACGUGAGCAAGUUGAGAAAGAGUUUAUGAAGGCAUACAUUGAAGAUCUAAAGGAAAGGGAGUCUACUCCUUCCUACACUACGAAAGUAUUACUCAGUCUUCAGCUGUGAAGAUCAAAAACCUCUAAAUCACUAGUGGAUAUCUGAAUAAUUCUCUUUUUAUCCACCUGAAUAGUAAACACUGGAAAAUAUAAAUGGCCAGAAUCACAUCAAAAUCAUAAGGAAUUAUUUAUUUAUUACUGUAGUUGUUCCCACUAACUGCAGAUAAAAACAAGGGGCAGUAGAGCCUUUACAAGAUGCUGUUUCACAUUUUAAGUCAACAUAUUUAUUUUCAAGUUCAACAGCAGCAGUCACUAAUUUGCAUCUAGACCUGCUGAAAGUAAAUAUUCACUCUGAUAAAAUACAAACAGGCAUAGAGGAAAGAUGGAGACAUUCUGUGUUGCAGUUGAAACAGUGAAACAUAAAACAUGAUCUUAUAAAGAGAUUUGAUUUUAUAAGAGGGGAUAGACUAAUUUAGAAAAUGAAUGUGACUUGUUGUUUUUUUAAGACCAAAUAACACAUUUAGUUAUUUACAAUAUUCAAAUAACCCAUAGUUAUUUGCAUUUACUUUCUGUUCUGCAAGAAAAUUGUCCUUCUUUUUUAAAAAGUUCACUUUUUAAAGUUUCAACAACUGUUUAUGUAGAAGGUUGUAGCAGUUUUCCUGUUUUUUUUUUUCCCAGCAUAUUAUAAGAUUUUACCUGUUUGCAAAUUCAAGUACCAAUGUAAUUGAAACUUCUGUGCUAAGCAGUCUUAUAAUAUACUAGUGCAUUAAAUAAGAUUUUAAGGACUAAGCAGUAUGAGCUAAUGCUACCAGUAGAAUGAUGAUAAAGGUCUUCUAUUAAUGGUUUCAGAUUACAGGAUUUUGUGGACAUUUAUUGACAUUUUCCAAGUUGUGUAAGAGUAAGUUUGCUGGUAAAAAGUUAUGUUGCUUGCUAUUUAAUAAUCUGUUUAUAUAUGAUUAUCUAAGUGUAUAUAGUGUAGGCCUUCGGAAACUUAGUUUUACAUGUACUUUUUGUUUAAUAAAUCAAUACUUUUUAAUCCAAAAAGAUUGAGAUUUUGAGAAUUUAGACCCUAAUUAGACUCAAAUUAAAGAAUUGAAGUGGUUCUAAACUUAUGAGUGCAGUUAAGUGAGAUGAUCUUUACAUCUUGUUUUUUUUUUUUGUUAUAGAUGAGGUAUUUUCAGCUUUGUGCAGUAGAAUGCCACUUAACUCAGUCAUAUUUAAAAAAACAAAGCAAUGAAGGAUAUGCUCCUCAGACUUCCAUAUAGAAAAAAACAUACUGCUUUGGAUGUUUUCUUUUUAACAUUCUAGCAUUCAAUCUUUUAAAAGAAGGGAAUAGGUAUGCUUAUUAUCCCAAUUGCAAGCUUCUGCAGUUAUAUUACUAUCCAAAUGAAACCCAGUCAAAUUGGUCUCCAGGUGCUAAAGCAGAUCUUAAACAAAUUGUGAUUAAAGGGAAACUUAAAAAACUCUAAGAAAAAAUGACAUUGAUCUUAGAAUAAUAGAAGACUAUUCUUUAAAUUAUUAUUAGAUAAUGAAAGAGGAUAAAACAGUGGCAACCAAAGUGGGCUUAGAGAAAUCAGGCUAUGUGAAACUACCCUACCAAAUUUCUUUUAUUGAAAUUAUACAUUUCGUUGGUUAAGUAUUGAUACUGGUGUAAUAAACUUCUGUAAGACA